ACUGCGCUUCGCACACGGGAAACCGUCCCGCUCCGAAUCUCUUCUCUGGUUUCCUGCUUCACGUUCUUUCAGUCGUUUGUAUUACGAUGGCGGACACGAAGGCGAAAACUCCGGAGAAAAAGGCCGCUGCGGCACCCGCGGCUGCCGCCGCCGAGGGAAAGAAGAAGAGGUCGUCGAAGCCCAGGAACUAUGACCUGGGUAAUGGCGUGUACAGAUUCAGUCGCACGCGUAUGUACCACAAGAAGGCGAUCUACAAGUUCCUCGAUAAGAAGACUCCGAAGAAGGUCAAGCCGAAGAAACCGUUGACCAUCGAGAAGCAGAUCGGUGGCGACAAGAACGGCGAGAAACGUAUCGUACUUUUGAAGAAGAGACGCGCGAAUUAUCCCACCGCAGACCCGGUCACUGUGCACCACGCUAAGAAAUGCUUCCAUGAACACCGUCGUUACCUGCGGCCUUCACUUACACCGGGAACCAUCUGCAUCAUGUUGGCUGGCCCUCAUAAGGGCAAGAGGGUUGUUUUCCUCAAACAACUGAAGAGUGGAUUGCUCUUGGUUACUGGACCGUUCUUGAUCAACGGCUGUCCCUUACGAAGAGUGAGUCAGAAUUAUGUGAUCGCCACGACCACGAAGCUGCCUCUCCAGGACUUUGUAUUGCCGCAGCACAUAAGAGACGAAUACUUCAAGAGGAAGCGCGACAAACGCGCCAAGAAGGAAGAGGGAGAUAUCUUUAGCAAGAAGAAGGAGGAAUAUACGCCGAGUGACGCGAGGAAAAGCGAUCAAAAAUUGGUGGACAAAGUAAUCAUCGAUACUAUCAAGAAACAUAAGGAUAAGAAGAUGUUGUUCACUUAUCUCUCUGCGAUGUUCGGACUGCGAAGCAGUCAAUACCCGCACAGAUUAAAAUUCUAAUCUAUUAACUCGGCCUUUCAAAGAAAUAAAGCGUAUCAAGCGUGUC